AUGAUAAUCCCCUCCGGCACGCUUCUCAAUCCAUCUGGCCAUGCCGCUGUCUGCGCCGGUAAUCCAAUCACCUCGCAGCGUAUCACAGAUGUUGUUCUGGGUGCAUUCAACGCCUGUGCUGCCUCCCAGGGUUGCUGCAACAUCAUCUCGUUUGGUAUGGGUGGUGUUGACCCCAAGACCGGUGUUGAAGUGCCUAGAUUCGGUGUUGAUGCUGAGGUCUACGAACUGCGGUACCCGGUUAUCUUCCGCAGGUUUUGUAUCCGAGAUGGGUCUGGUGGCGUUGGUCGUUUUCGCGGUGGAGACGGUGUUAUCCGUGAGCUGGAGUUCCGUAUGCCUCUUUCGGUGUCUAUGCCCAGUGAACGACGCGUCUAUCGUCCGUAUGGAUUGGCAGGAGGCGAGUCUGGGCAAGCAGGCUUGAAUCUUUAUAUGAAGAAGGAGCUCGAUGGAACGGAGAGAGUGAUCAAUAUUGGUGGUAAGAUGGAGCUCGUGGUCCAACCUGGGGAGCGGAUUCUGAUUCAUACACCCGGAGGUGGUGGCUGGGGUAACGCAUCCGACAAUGAACUAGUGGAGAGUGAGAGCAAGAGCCAUCAGACUCCUCGGCUUUCCAGCUAUGAGGAAGUGUACAUGCAUUCAGUGUCGCUGCUGAGGCGGCAAUGUGAGAAAUAA